UUAAGGGGUUAAAUGCGUUGAACAAUGAAAUCUUAAAAGUGGGGUUAUGAAUGCGCAUGUUGCAAGAUGAUAAUAAAAAGUCUAAAAAGUGAAAAUAAAUAACUAAUGGGGAGAGAAACUGUUUGAUGAAAAUGGUGAUUAAAGUUUGUAAGAAGGAAUUAAUUGAGAAGAGAUUUCGUGACAAUUUUAAUUCGUAUUUUGAUCGAUGAAAGUUGUAAGUGCACUUGAGUGCAAUGUUGUUUAUUUUACUUCGAAGAGGGAUUGUACAAUUUCGAGUCUAUCAUGUUUAUAAUAAACCAAAAUUUAUAUACAGAGAAAUAUUGUUUAAUAGACGAAGGUUUCACAGUUCCAUAAUUGAUGAUAUAUCGACAGUGUCUUUGGUAGAAAUUAAACGAGUUUUGAAAGCCGGCAGUGUUUCGUUUUUGGAAGGACACACUUGUUUACUUGCUGAUUAUUGUCCUUUGUGUCAAAAGAAGUCCAGGAUCUAUAUUAACAAAACAACAGGUCUUUUUAUAUGUGAAAAUUGCAAGCAUACAGGGCCCUGGAAUGCCUUGGAGAAGUUGCUCUCGCAAAAAAAGUCGAGCAAAAUCUUGAAAGACUUGUCUGAACUCGCCCACAGAUCAGUUGACAAAGAAGGACUUUGCCUGUCAAUGGAAUAUCGUGAAAAAGAGUUCUCAAAGUGUUUUGGAUAUUCCAGAAGAAGACUUUCAAAAUAUCCUGCGGCAGUUUUCUCUUCCGGAUGCGGGAAGACAACAUUUAUGAGUGAAUACUCUUUGGAUUUGGCUAUGCAGGGAGUGAACACUCUUUGGGGAAGUUUUGAAAUUAGAAAUGCGAGGUUGGCGAGGACAAUGCUUCAGCAAAUGGUUGGAGUAUCGCUGGACGAGAAUUUGCAACAUUUUGAUUUGUACGCGGACGCUUUCGAGAAACUUCCUGUUUAUUUUAUGACCUUUCACGGCCAGCAGAACAUUAAAGUUGUUAUGGAGGCAGUGGAGCAUGCCACUUACGUUCACGACAUCGCUCACGUUAUUAUUGAUAAUGUACAGUUUAUGAUGGGCAUGUCUGAUGAACCAAAACAUAUGGACAGAUUCUGGAGACAAGACAGAGUGAUCAGCGCUUUUCGCAGCUUCGCCACAAAGUACAACUGCCACGUGACUCUGGUAAUUCAUCCAAGGAAGGAGCGAAACGACGAAGAGUUGUCGGUUUCGUCAAUUUUUGGAAGUGCGAAAGCCAGUCAGGAGGCGGACAAUGUGAUGAUUAUUCAGGACAAAAGGCUGACUAGUGUCCGCGGGAAGAAGUAUUUGCAAGUGGCCAAAAAUAGGUACAGUGGCGACUUGGGCAUUAUGCUUCUGGAAUUUGACCAGGUGAGUUUGAGUUACGCCUCGAGGAAGAAAUCAAAGGUUGCCGGUGAUGAUAAAGAGCAAAAAAGUGCUUCCAAAGAGGAGAAAAAGGAGAAGAAGAAGGAUGAAGAGCCAAUGGUACUUUUUCACAAUGUUGAGUCUACGUGAUAUUUUUGACAUUUUUGAUAUUUUUAUCUACAGAACUCAAUGCUAGGAUUACGCGCGUUUUGUAAAUCAGUGUACAUAUUUUUACAUCAGCUCGUGUCUCAAAUGAACUUUUAUACAAUUUGAUAUGAGUGACUGAGUGAGUGAGUGAGUGAGUGAGUGAGUGAGUAUAGAAGAAUUCACAGACUGUGCCAAUAUUGUCUUUUUGAUGAAAAACUUUUAUGUGAGAUAAAUCUUUCUCUAAAAGAAGAGGUUUUUUGU